GUUCCAUAGUGGUUUUAUCGGAUACAUUCGGAUAUUAUCAUUGAACAAAGGAUGGCGGCAAUUCAGCGUUUUGUUUUGUCAUUAGUUUAGUGUUUGGACUGAUUGAGAUGAAGGAUGUCGGGAAUAGGCAGUCAGCAGGGUGAGCUCAACACAAAACAUGAGGUACACAUACCUGCCACUGACAAAAUGCACACAGAACAAACAUGUUCUCAACUGGUAGCAAGGGGCACUGAAAAUAUCUCUGAGAGAAAGAAGGUGUAUAAGUCAAUAUUUGGACCAGAUGCUUCCUCUGAGUCCUCAGACACUGAAGUAUCAAGUUACACUUCUGAACCAGAAGCAAAUGAAAUACCUGUUGGUGGAAACAGCUCUCCAGUGAAAACUGAUGUGACAAAGAUAAACAGCAAUUGUCAUGUCAAAGAAGAUGAGAUCGUUGGAGUUCAUGAUGAUAUGCAAAUUGAUCUGAAUGUGAGAACAGGUAGCCACAUGCUUACUGAUGGGAUCACGGGGACUGGUAAUGAUAUGCAGAUUGAUCAGGUCACAGGAGAUACUAAAACACAAGACACAUGUUUAAGUAAUACUGAUAAAAAAGGCGAAAACAUGAAUAGUUUAGAACAGGAAUUCUUCUCUGUGGAAGAGAAAGCAGCACUGUCACAUUUAAAUAAUUUAGCGGAGCAGCUUGAUAAAGCAAGGGUUGAUAUUGAGGGGAAUAUGGGUACACAAUUAUACACAGGCCCAUAUGGUAGAAUUCACUCGCCUUUCAAGAAGUUUUCAUCUUUCCAAGGUUUUCCAUGUGGUGUGAAAAGGAGUCCAAGAAAACUGGCCGGUCCAGCUGCAAAGAGAACAAAACUGUUCCAUGAAGAUUUUGGUGAGUCAAGCAGUAGCGAAGCUUCUCCGACACCUAGAGAAAAACCUGCGGGUGAAACAAAAGAAGAGAAUGGAGGGAGUGGAGAUGACAGUUCAGAUGAUGAUAAGUGGGAAAUCAUUGAAGAGGAACCAGUUCCAGAGAUUGAUCAAGCUCUGGAGAGUAAAUCUUCCAAGUUCAGCCUCUCCGUCAUCAAUGUUAAAUCUAUUAUACAUAAAAUCAUCACAAACGAGAGUGUAGUUGAGAUGGUACGGAAGGCGGUACAGGAAGAGAUGGAUGAACAUGAGCACAGGUUUGAGCCAAAGAUGACCCGUUCUAAACUGAAAGAGUUUGAGGUGCAAGGACAGGUUCCUUUAAACUGGGGUCUAUCACCAAGAAAGAAGCGGGAGUCUCCUAACUUCCUAGAGAUGGAAUUACCCGAGGAUGAAGAGGAUGAUGAGGAUUUUAAUCCAGAUAAGGUUGUACUAGAGAGUGAUGAAGACAGUGAGAGUGUAUUGUCAUCGUGCCUCAGUGACCUCGGCUCACCAAUGCCCUCUACACCGCAGUCAAUGCCAUCCACACCAACAGUUACGCCUUCUCGGGCAGUUAGUACCCCAACUACCGCUGAUAAUGACACAUCUGUAGUUACAGAUGAAAACAGCUCACAAAGUUUUUUGAGCCCCAUGGGACCACCGCUGCAGACGAAUGUACCCAAGUCACAGCAUAAAGCAAGUGGGCUGGGGAAGAAAUACCAGGAUGCAAUGGAAAGAGAUCAACAAAGAACGGAAGAGGAAGCAGAAUUGAUAGCCAGCAGAACUCGAUCCAAGUACCCAUUGAAGGAUUGCUCCAUACUUGAUAUUGAGGCAAAUUUUGUAGCUCCAGAUAUUACCCAAGAUAUGUAUGAAACCUGUGACGACUAUGACUGGAUGGAGUUUCUCUCUCAGCUAGUCACCUUUCCUGACGACACUAUUAUAAACAAUGUAAAUACAACCAAUGAAGAAGAGGACACAGAAGAUGACCCAGAGUAUAACUAUCAGGCAGAGUUUGAUACUUUAGAGUACGAUAGGGAAGACUUCAGGGACGACAGAGCUGUCAAAGUAUCCAAGAGGGAGAUGAACGAGCUUUUACAUGAUGUAUUAAGCAGUGAUGGUGACAACUGUUAUGACAACAUUGAUGAACAAUACAAAAUCACAAUCAAAACCCAGUCAGAGAAAAUUGUGUUCAACAGUAACAAGAAGAAGCAGACGCAGUAUCAACAGUCACUGAUUUCUGCCAUUGGAGAACAUGAACGCAGACAGAUUGAUGAUCAACUUAGAAAGCAUGUACAACAGUUAACACAGACUUACGUGAUGGCCCAGAAUGGUAUAACAGAACACAAACCAAUGGGAGAUAAUGCUAAAUUCUACUUGAAUGAGCUGAAUAACUUUGCUGAUAAAUCAGAAACAAUCUACGGCAGAUCUGCAUACAGAGUGUGUAAUCUAGAGCCGGCUUUACGUCUCCUGGACGACCAGUCAUGGCAGGAGGAAGAGGAGUUACCACAGAAUAUACAAGACAGAAUGGAAGCUUUGACUUUCAAACAUGAUUCUCAGAUUCUGCCAGCAUUUAGUUACAAACAGAUGUUGAUGAUGUGGACCAGUCCAGUUUUUAUGUUUCCGGAGCUACUGCCACAUGGUGGAUUCUUUAAACAAAUCGAUAUAAAGAGAGACAGGGCCAGGGUCAAGUUUCUUGAAUCAGAGGACAAUUUGUUAGCUAUGGGUGUGUCCCAGUUCAGCCACAUUAAGAAGGAUGCUAAGGACUAUAUACAGAGGUUUAUGUUGCCAUGCAAGUCCAGGAAACAGAUUGAGAUCCGAAUAAAAAAUCUUAAUGCUAAUGCUUCCAAAGACAAUGCUGUGAAGUUUUUUAGAAAGUACAAAAGAUUGCCAAGGUUUCCGCAGAAUGCUCCAGAGUUUGACAUCAGCAUGAUGAAAUCAAUGAAUGACAAUAAGCCUGACUGGAAUGAGCUACCUUGGUGGUGUAGGUUUUUCUGUACAGACGACCAGAGUUUGUUAAAUGAGUCAGUUAGAGAGCAAUGGGAAAGACAAAAAGAGAUUAAAAGACGAAGAAAAGAGAGACAGUCUGCCAGUUUUUCAUUGUCAGAAUCAGACAUUGCAGCUAUGUGUACGCCACCACAUCUAUCUGCUUCUGCCCCAGUGACACCAAACCAGCUGACGGACAGCAGUGCUUCAGGGUCAUCUAGUAAUGAGGCAGCCAUGAUCUUACCAACAAGAAAAAGGCCAAGACGACAAAGUAGGAAGAAGUUAAAUAUGAACAAACAGAAGAAAAGUGAGAUGGGAAUUGUUGGAUCAUUUGUACCUUUACCGUUACCUGGCUCAAGUAUUCCACCACCACAGCAAAGUCCCUUGACAAUCUGUGUUCUGGACAAUAUGCAGGGUGUAACCCCAGGCUCCAGCACGAUUAGUCCAUGUUUUAGCUCCUUGCAGGCAAACCCAUUAGUAACAUGCGCUACACCCACAAUACUUGUGAUAAAUAAAAACGCACCAUUACAAGUACAAAGCUACAAUCAGACAGUGACUUUUACAUCGUCAGGGGUCUACCCACAGCAUGUAACUCCACUCGCACAAACUUCAACCCCGGUAUCACAGUCACUCUUAUCUAUGCCGUCUCUAACAGCUGAUAGCUCCAAAUAUGAUAGUGACGUAGACGGUAAAGCUCUGACAUUUGAAGAUAUUUGUCGACCAAUCAUGGAAGCUGAAAUGGCAGCAGUGGGUGUAGAGUCGCCAAGCAUAGGUAAUAAAGAGCUGUGUACAUUGUACACAGAAAAUGGUUCAGUUGUUAAUGUGGAUACUGUUAAGAAUAAUGUGAUUGUAAAUGUUGUUGAAAAUGUUACCUGUAACCCUACAGGUGUAUCUAACGUAAAUUUUACUUCUAGCUCAACUAGUGCUGCAAUAAAUCAGCCUUUAGGUGUGGAAAAUCUGAAUAAAACUUGUGAAGUACAGUCUAGUGAAAUCUCUUCUACAGUAUUGAAGGAUCAAAGUGAACCACAAAAUGACAUGCAGGAAGUUAUUUUUCAAGACACAGCAACUUCACCUUUUCCUGUGGGUGAUGUAGCACAGGAAGUGACUCUCCAGAAAGAGUCUGAUUUAGUCACUGUACCUUCAAAUGAAGAGCAGACAAGGGACACACCUGAAGUGACAGUUUCUACACCAAUGCAGUGCAGUUGUACCCCAACACAGGAACUGAAUUCUCAGACAAGUGGUUAUUGUGAAUUGACGCCAAAACAGACAAACUCUAGUUCUGAUAUAUCAAGCUCUGAAAAGACACCGAAAUCGUCACUGGAGGUGGUGGCGUCUUUAGCGCCAUACUUUAUUUCUCCUAUCCAUAAUACAGAAUCAUUACAACACACAUCAGAGAAGACACCUACCAAAAGAAAGUUACCAACUCUUGCACCAAAAUCUGUUUCUCCUAGUCAAAGAACUACACAAUUUUCAUUAAAUGAUCUGAGAAGUCCUCCCCGCCAGUAUGUUAAAUCUAGUCCUAGAAAAAAACAUCUGCAGCAGCAAGUUAAAACAAUCUUACCUAAAGGCUUUGUGAUCAGUUCUUUUGAUACUUCACCUGCUAAAAAAGCUGCAUCAAGCUUGAUAGAUAAAGCGAAACAACUUGUAAACCAUUCGAAAGGAUUUUGUAACAUACUGCCACGUCCGCCAAACCAAGUCGGUAACAACCAACACAGUCUGCUGAGCAAAUCUACAAGAAGACGAACUGUGAAGACUGUAAAAACUACUAGUAAUCAGAAUAUCACAAAAGAAUCUGGUAUAGAUACACAGAGUGAGGAUAUGUCGGACGAUGUGAACGAGAACAACAACAACAACCCAACAGGUGAUGAUGAUGAUAGAUGUGGUGAUACGGAGAGUGACUACACCCAAAGCGAGGAUGGAAAUGAAACACAGGGUACAGAUGGAGAAGACUGUGAUACUCAGGGUACAGAUGAUGGGGAGGGGACACAGGGUACUGAUGGAGACAGUCAGGAUAGCCAGGAAGAGGACAAUCAUCUAGCUGAUCUUAUGGAAGCUAGUACUACUAUAGGGUUUGUACCAGCAAGAGAUGAUGUGUACAGUAGAUCAAGGUUGGGUAAGAAGGAUCGUAACAGAGACCUGACACUGGCUUUGUUGGAACCAGACAUUGUUGAAGCUGAUCCUCAGCGUGAUUUGAGAGAUACAUUGUUUGCCCAGGCAUACAUUCACAGGGUAAAGAAAAUACUGAGGGAUGAUGUAGACAAACUGGAGAAGUUUCUCAGAAUUAUGUUUCAUUUCAGUCAGCAUGAUGGAUCUCCCAUUAAGUUAUACAGUGACCUGAAAGAGCUGUUUUUAGGUCAGCCAGAGUUGAUACAUGACUUUGCUGGUUUCCUGCAAGCAGAACAGGCCAUAGAGUGUGGUUGUUAUAAGGCAUACCAGGAGUUUAAUCAGGCCAGGAUAUUCCUGAGAAAACUGGAGAUAUAUUUCACUAAGAAUCCCAAUCAGCUACAGAAGGUUAUGAGAACAUUUUCACGUUGGUAUAAGAAACCUGGGAGGAAGGAUUCUGAUUUACGAGAACAGAUUGAACCUAUGUUGAAAGGACAAAAAAUGUUGCUAGAGGAAUUUUCUAGGUUCUUUCCAAAUGAACGACCUAAUGAAAGUAUGAUGGAUGACUUUGAGGAGAUAAAUCUUGAUGACAGUGGUGAGAAUGAAGACAAAGAUACAAGCUUUGAGGAGAUAAACCUGCUUGAUAUGGAGGAAGUAUAUGGUACCAAAAGAUGUACAUGUGAGUGCCAUGAUGCUGGGGAUGAUACAUACAGGAAGAGGAAGAAACACUGUUAUAAAUGUUGUCUAACUGUAAUUGAUGGUGAAUUGGUUUAUAAAGUGAACAAAUCAACUAUAAAGAAAAUCAGUGUAACAUACGGACCACCAGUCAAGUUAAGUAGUCUUCAAAAUAAGGACCAGUCUGAAAGUGGAAAACAGGAAACAGUUUCUGCUGGAAGUGUGAGGCAGGAACCAGAUAAUACAGGCAAUACUGGAUUUGAGACUGGAGACAGGGAACCAAGCAAUUUAGACUGGUUCUUGGACCCAGAAACUGCAGAGAAAGAAAACAUUGAACAUUUUAGUGAGGGAACCAGAAAUGAUACGGCUGGGCAGCAGAAAAAAGCAAAUAAGGGAAAAUCUUCUCCAAGCAAAGAAUCUUUUCUACAGAGAAUCAGUAAACUGUCUAGAAACAAACCUCUGGAGAAGCAAACUAGGUUGUCGUCAGUGGUCAAAGGGAAGUCGAUUUCACCACCAUUGAAAGGGGGACAACCCAGUGAUACUGUGCAGCCUGGAAAGUCAAAGGAAGAACGAACACAAAUUGAACAAAUGGAAGUAGAAGGAGUGAAGCUGUCUGAUGAUCAAGAGAAAGCAGACAUUGCUGAGAAUAAUGAAGAAACUACUGAUAUAAUUUCAGCCAAAAUCAAGAAAACUACAUCUACAACAGAGAUGGAAACAGAAAAUGAAAACAGUGUAGUAAGUGAACCCGCAUCUACCGAUCAAAACAAAGAGUCUACUGAUAUGUCUGUGAACAGUAUGGAAACUGUAAAAGAACAUAAUACUGAGAAAUCAGAAAAAGAGGCUAAAGAUAUUCUGGCUGCAGCAUUUACUAGUGCUCUCAAUAUGGAAGUAUCAAUGGAUUCUAUGUGCUUUCCAUUUCAUAUAUCUGAAAACAACAGAACUGAAAAAGCAGUAAUUGAAAAUAACAAAACAGCCGAUGGAGUAGUAGCCAGGGAAGAAAAGGUUGAAAUGUUGCAAGAGCUAAAGAAGGGAUGUGAUGCUAAACUUUCAGCAGAGAAUGCCAUUAGACCUACUGUAAUGCCAACUGUUGUAAACAAGUCUGCAUCAGUAUCCACGCCAAUAGGUCAAACUAGUCUUCAUGUAUCAACAGAUUCUUCCUUCCAAAAAGUGCCAUCGUCAGAAAAUAUUGUUCCAGCUCAUGAGUCACAAAUGAAUAAAGAUAACAGUAUUUUAACACAGGAACAAGACGAGGUUCAAGCUGUCAAAGAUGAUGAAAGGGAAGAAAAGGUAGAAGCUCCAGUGUCUACACAGAUUAAUAAAGUUGACCUUUUUCUAGAGGCGAGCAGGUCACCACCUUUUUCGCCUUUCUCUCCCUUUUCGCCAUUUGCCCAAGAAAUUCAGAGUAUCACCUCAGUUAAGAGUCCAAUGUCUGCUGUACAGAGUCCUGGCAUAACAAGAUCGUUAUCGUCCUCAGGAAAGGUCAGAAGGAUAACACCUAUCCCGAUCAAAGGGUCUGAAGGUAAAACCGAUUCUCAGUCCUCAUUUCAGACAGCCAUGGAGAACUCGCCAGUUCUACGGGACGUUCCUGUUGUUUCUAGUCCGAAUGACAAUACUCAGUCUACUAGAAGUAAAUCUGUUGACAAUUUGACAAAUAUGUCAUCAAAUUCAGUAGAUAACAGUCAAGAAUUUUUUAGCAAAGCUAAAAGUGUAUUCACUGCAGAUUCUGGUUCGGAUUCACAAAAGCUGGAAAGUGCGUUACAGAAAUCAAACAGUAAUACUGCAGAUACUUCAUCAUCUCAGACUUCGACUACAUCUGAACCACCUUUUACAAGUAUAGUUAUAAGUCAACCAGAUAUAUUCUCAGAAAAUGCAAAUGUUAGCUUUCCAAAAAUAUCUUCAUCUGUUACCAAUUCCAUUUUACCACAUUCUGGAAUUCUUUCAGAAGAAAGUUUGUUUCAGUGUUUAUCAAAACCUCCGCAGUUUAGUGAAACAAUACCAACUGUGUCAAACCUUACAAAUAUACUGCAUGCUCUAGAUGGACACUCACAGGGCCAGCAGACACAUGGGCAGGGCCAAGAAUUUGGAACAGAAUGUAAUAAAAACACUGAGAAAAUAAAUGAUGUUAAUGCUGAGAACGAAAAGAUGGAAAGAAAUAUGGCUAGUUCAUCAGAGUUGGUUAAUGAAGCUAUAGGAAAAACUGAAAAUGAAAGUAAGAAAGUAAUAGAAGAAAGUGAUAAAGAAUUGAUACGUACUGAAAAUGCAUCACUAAAUGAUUCCUUUUCUGUAAGUAGUUCUGGUGAUUCUAGUGAGGACCAGAUAGGUAAAUUGUAUCCACAGACUGUCCAAAGUAUUGAAAAUCUGGAAAGGUUGAAAGCAGGAUUAUUUAAGGUAAGCAGACUCUCUGACAGUGAUACAAGUGGUGUAUCUACUCCUUCAACUAGUGUUACAAAUGUUCUUGAAAAACAAUCUGCUCCAAAGGAAAAAUCCAAAUUAAAUGACAUUACUAAAUCAGAUAGUGUUGUAGAUACUGAAGAAAAGGUUGCUGAAGGAAAUGUAAAGGAUAAAUCAAAAUCUACUUGUUUAAGAGAAGAAACAGGACCUGUAAUGAACACUGAUGAAUCUGUCAGAAGAAAAGUCAUUGAAAGUGGAAGUGAUAGUAUGACUGAAGCACAGGGUCCUGACAAAUGCAGAAAGCGUAAAAUGUCUAGGAGAGAACUGAGACGAUCCUUGCAAGGCAAGGGGACACACAGACCUGAGAAUACAGAGGGUGUUAUUGUUAAUAGUGCUGAUGAAGACCAAAUUGAAAAUGAUGUUUGUACUAAUGUUGAACAAAGUGAUAAAGUAAAGAUUUUAGGUAAUGGCGUUGCAGUUCAGUGUAAGAAUGAAACUGACAGUUUUAAUGAAAAUGUAAACAGUGCUAAUGGAAAUGCAAAAAGUGUAAUAGAAGAUAAUGAUGCAUUAGAAGUUGAUCAUGAUAGACUUGGAUCAGAACAGGAUGUGCAUAAGUUGGAUGAACUUGGUAGUAGAUUAGGAGAAAUAAAGACUGAAGAACCUGAUGUGGUAGACACUACAGGCUUGUCAGAUGUGCAAAGUAUAAGUGAUACUGUAAGUGAAGCUUCAAGUAGAGGGCAUAAAAAGUCAAAACAUAAAAGCAAACAUAAAUCUGAGAAAGAUAAAGACAGACAUAGAAAAAAGAAAAGGAGAAAAGAAGAUAAAGAAUCUGAUUCUACACCAAAGGCAGAUAAAAAGAAAAGGAAGAAAUCAAAAAGAAGAGAACAUGAAGUUGAAACUCUGGAAACAGCUAAAGUAGCUCCCCCAGAGAAGAAAAAGCCAAACGAUGAUGGGGAGAAGGAUGUAGUGCAGCAGACAAACAGUAGUGCUGUAGUUACAACAGACACUGUGCCCUCUACUCCAGAGGUGUGUGGUGCCAGUUCCAUGUCUCCAACAGACAGUCCAGAAAACAAGAUAGAGGAAGAACCAGUGUGGUCCAAAGAAACAGAUAAGACAAUACUGGAGAAUUGUAAAGUUCAUGGAAUAAAAGAGAAGACGUUUUCUAGAAUUGCUAAAGAAAUUGGAAAUGUCACUGUUAAACAGGUACGGAAAAGAUUUGCACAUCUCUAUCAGAUGAUAUUUGGCAUUCCGUUUGGAGAAAAAACAAGUGAAUAAAACAGCCACAUAGAGGACAAAUACAUUUGGGAAUCCAGACAAGAAGCUUGCUUAGUUAAUGAAAGAACUUUUAACUGAAGGAAUAUUUAAAUGUGUGAACAAAUUGGGCUUCUGCUUUAGUAACAUCAUCAUCUUUCAUUUAGACUGUACAUAAUGCAUAAGUAUAUGACCAGUGAUGCAUUUUAUACCCUAAAAUUGCCUAAUAUUGUAACAUGCUUUAGAUGGUUAGUGAUGCAGGUCAGUUGAUAUAGGGCAUUUAUUUCCUUGCUUGUGUUAAAAGUUUUUUAAUGGAGGAAAGAAUAUGUCCUAUGUGGGUGUCAAAAUAAUUCUUGAUUGCAUCAUAUUUAAUACCUGGUUUACCCUAAGUGUUAAAAAUCUGUAGUUAAGGGGCAAAAUUGCUGACAAGCAAAGGUUGUGGUUAAUGGAUUAUCAGAUUUGAUAUUGUUUUGCAAAGUAUUGUGAAGACUCAUUUUGUUGUGUUUUUGCUGUGUGGUGCUAUUAUAAAAUGCCUUUGAUACUGAGGGCUGAAAAGAAGAAUGUUGUGGUUCACAAAAAACAGUACAAGUCGGCUAAUUUUGUGGGCAUAAAAUUUUGUGGUUUUAGCAAAAAUAGCUAUUGUAUGGGGACUUGUAUGGGGACAGUGUUUUGUGGAUUUCAAAUUUUAUUCUAAAGAGAAAAUAGAUGGGAAAUUUGUUUGUUUGUUUGUAUUAAACUUUUUGGAUUGAUGCAACCAUGAAAUCCUAGAAAAUUAGUCCCCCAUGCAUAUUAAUUAUUAUGUCUUCCACCGCACAGUGGUGUGGGAGACAUAUUGAUUUACUCCUGUCUGUCUGUCUGUCUGUCACAAAGCUUGUCCGCACUCUAAGUCGAACAUUUCUCGUCAGAUCUUCACCAAACUUGAACAAAAUGUGUUUGACCAUAAGACCUCGGCCAAGUGCGAUAACUAGCCAAAUCAGCCAAAGCACUUCGGAAUUAUGGCCCUUGAACAUAGUUACUAACACUACCGAUACAGCAUUGUAGACUGGCUUCUCCAGCACUAUCGAUACAGCAUUGUAGACCGGUUACUCCAGUAUGUGUAUACCAAUAGGCCACAAACAGUAUACAUAGACAGACUUACUAUUCAGAUGAUUAGGCAGUUGUGGCAGACAUGCACUUUUCUCAAAAGCACCUCUAGUUUUACAGUACUUUUUAGCUCGACUAUACGAAGUAUAAGGAGAGCUAUCCUACUCGACCCGGCAUCGGCGUCUUUCCGCGUCCCCACCUUGGUUAAUGUUUUUAGCUCGACUAUACGAAGUAUAAGGAGAGCUAUCCUACUCGACCCGGCGUCGGCAUCUUUCUGCGUCCCCACCUUGGUUAAAGUUUUUUUACACUUUCUCCUUUUUCAACUUAUCUCUGUAAUUACUUGAUGGAUUUGAUUCAAACUUGAAAUACUUAUUACUCAUCAUCACCCACAUCAUCUGACAUAAGAUUCAUAACUCUGGCACCAAUAUUUCAUGAUUUAUCUCCCCAUUUCACUUAGUUUUUAGCUCACCUGUGAUCGCGCGGUGUCCGUCGUCCGUCCGUCCGUCCGUAAACUUUUGCUUGUGACCACUCUAGAGGUCACAUUUUUCAUGGGAUCUUUAUGAAAGUUGGUCAGAAUGUUCAUCUUGAUGAUAUCUAGGUCAUGUUCGAAACUGGGUCACGUGCCAUCAAAAACUAGGUCAGUAGGUCUAAAAAUAGAAAAACCUUGUGACCUCUCUAGAGGCCAUAUAUUUUACAAGAUCUUCAUGAAAAUUGGUCAGAAUGUUCACCUUGAUGAUAUCUAGGUCAAGUUCGAAACUGGGUCACGUGCCAUCAAAAAAUAGGUCAGUAGGUCUAAAAAUAGAAAAACCUUGUGACCUCUCUAGAGGCCAUAUAUUUCACAAGAUCUUCAUGAAAAUUGGUCAGAACGUUCACCUUGAUGAUAUCUAGGCCAAGUUUGAAACUGGGUCACAUGCAGUCAAAAACUAGGUCAGUAGGUCUAAAAAUAGAAAAACCUUGUGACCUCUCUAGAGGCCAUAUAUUUCAUGAGAUCUUCAUGAAAAUUGGUCAGAAUGUUCAUCUUGAUGAUAUCUAGGUCAAGUUCGAAAGUGGGUCACAUGCUUUCAAAAACUAGGUCAGUAGGUCAAAUAAUAGAAAAACCUUGUGACCUCUCUAGAGGCCAUAUUUUUCAUGGGAUCUGUAUGAAAGUUGGUCUGAAUGUUCAUCUUGAUGAUCAAGUUCGAAAGUAGGUAACGUGCCAUAAAAAACUAGGUCACUAGGUCAAAUAAUAGAAAAACCUUGUGACCUCUCUAAAGGCCAUAUUUUUAUGGGAUCUGUAUGAAAUUUGGUCUGAAUGUUCAUCUUGAUGCUAUCUAGGUCAAGUUCGAAACAGUGUCAUGUGCGGUCAAAAACUAGGUCAGUAGGUCUUAAAAUAGAAAAACAUUGUGACUUCUCUAGAGGCCAUACUUGUAAAUGGAUCUCCAUAAAAAUUGGUCAGAAUGUUCACCUUGAUGAUAUCUAGGUCAAGUUUGAAACUGGGUCACGUGCCAUAAAAAACUAGGUCAGGAGGUCAAAUAAUAAAAAAAAACUUGUGACCUCUCUAGAGGCCACACUUUUCAUGGAAUCUGUAUGAAAGUUGGUCUGAAAUUUUCAUCUUGAAGAUAUCUAGGUCAAGUUUGAAACUGGGUCAACUGCGGUCAAAAACUAGGUCAGUAGGUCUAAAAUUAUUAAUAUCUUUUGACCUCUCUAGAGGCCAUAUUUUUCAAUGGAUCUUCAUGAAAAUUGAUCUGAAUGUUCACCUUGAUGAUAUCUAGGUCAUUUUCGAAACUGGGUCACGUUCGUUCAAAAACUAGGCCAGUAGGUAUAAAAAUAGAAAAACCUUGUGACCUCUCUAGAGGCCAUAUCUUUCAUGAGAUCUUCAUGAAAAUUAGUGAGAAUGUUCACCUUGAUGAUAUCUAGGUAAAGUUCAAAACAGGGUCACGUACCUUCGAAAACUAGGUCAAUAGGUCAAAUAAUAGAAAAACCUUGUGACCUCUCUAGAGACCAUAUUUUUCGAUGGAUCUUCAUGAAAAUUGGUCAGAGUUUUUUUUCUUGAUAAUAUCUAGAUCAAGUUCAAAACUGGGUCACAUGAGCUCAAAAACUAGGUCACUAUGUCAAAUAAUAGAAAAAACGACUUCAUACUCAAAACUUGGUCAUGUGGGAAGAGGUGAGCGAUUCAGGACCAUCAUGGUCCUCUUGUUAAGAUUAAAGUUUUGAUUCACUUUCACUCUUAUCUCUGUUAUUACUGAAUGGAUUUGAUUCAAACUUAAAAUACUUGUUUAACAUCAUCACCCACGUCAAAUGACACAAGAUGCAUAACUCUGCCACAGAUUUUUUAUGAAUUAUUCCCCCUUUUUACUUAGAAUUUCAGGUUAAAGUUUUGAUGCACUUUCACUCUAUCUCAGUUAUUACUGAAUGGAUUUGAUUCAGACUUAAAAUUGUUGUUCAACAUCAUCACCCACGCCAUAUGACACAAGGUGCAUAACUCUGGCACCAAUUUUUCAUGAAUCAUUCCCCCUUUUUACUUAGAAUUUCAGGUUAAAGUUUUGAUGCACUUUCACUCUAUCACUGUUAUUACUGAAUGAAUUUGAUUCAAACUUGAAAUAGUUGUUCAACAUCAUCACCCACACCAUUUGGCACAAGGUGCAUAACUCUGGCACCAAUUUUUCAUGAAUUAUUCCCCCUUUUUACUAAGAAUUUCUGGUUAAAGUUUUGAUGCACUUUCACUUUAUCUCUGUUAUUACUGAAUGGAUUUGAUUCAAACUUAAAAUAGUUGUUCAACAUCGUUACCCACACCAUUUAAUGCAAGAUGCAUAACUCUGGCACCAAUUUUUCAUGAAUUAUGCCCCCUUUUACUUAGAAUUAAAAGUUAAUUUUAAUGCAUUUUCACUAUAUCUCAGUUAUUAUGAAAUGCAUUUGAUUUAAACUUGAAGUAGUUGUUCCACAUCAUCACACACAUCAUAUGAUACAAGAUGCAUAACUUUUGCACCAAUAUUUAAUUAAUUAUGCCCCCUUUUUGCUUAGGCUGUACUUGUAUAGUGUUUUGAUACACUUGAUCUGUACUUCUCUUAUUACUUGAUAUUUUUGACACAGACUCCAGCUAUUGUGCAAUAUCUUUACCCACCAUUGGAGUUAAUAAACACUCCAAUGACAGCUCUAGUUUCCUCAGAUGUGCCCAGUUUCACUAUCCAGCAUCGAAAUAGUCGAGCACGCUGUCUUCUGUGACAGCUCUUGUUUCUUUAAUAACACAACAGGAACUGAAAAGUGAUCUUUUAAUGCUAGUGGUCUUUUGUUAGACAUAGUCUUUGGAGCAAGUUUGACUGUACAAAGAACAAAUUAUAAAAGCUUUCUGUUGUCUGUUGGAGGUAUUGAAGCGGAUUUUUUUUUUUUUUAUUUCAUUGCCAGAUCUAAGAUUACAAGAUAUUUUGGAUUUUCAAAAAUAUUUUAUUAGUGCAAUAUAGGGCAUUUAUUACAUUUUGUACAGUUUGACAUGUGCAGACAUAACAUAAAUCUACCAAAGUGGGUAGAGUAGUCUGCUAAAUAAUAUUUAUUUCACUAACUUAUUAGCAGACUGUUAAACAGUUCCCUUCUUUCAAAGUUUUUGUGUUUGAGGGAUUUUUUUUUAGCUGAAAACCUGUACUUCAAAAUAAUUUUCCUAUUUUUUCUGUUGUUAGAAUUUCAGAUUUUGACAGUUUUCCUUUUGCAACAAAGAAAUUAAAGAAGUGUCAAUAACUAAACAAUAUUACUUACUAAAAUGUCAUUAAAAUAAAGUCUUCAAUUAACUUGAUUGACAGGUGACUUCAGUAUGACGUAACAGCCUUUUCUAUAUCUGUCACUCAGGUGAUAAAAACAGAAACAAGAUUCAUCACAUAUGAUCUGUAGUCGGCACUAUAUACGAUACAUUGACUGUAAGUAAAAUAUUGUGGAUAUUUCUACUACGUGUGGUUUAAUCGCCUAACGAAAGAUACUGCUAUAAAUGUCAAACAAAAGACAGUGUAAUAACCGAUUUAUUGUGUGUCAAUAAUCAGGGGUGUGAAUAACCGUUCAUAUGGAUGAAAAGGACUAAUAAUUGUAAUUAAGGGGAAAAAUAAAAAUUAACGUUUUCAAGAAUAUUAUAAAUGCAGUUAUGCCUUGAUACUUUCCAUAGUUCACUAAAUAUGUUCACUCGCGACAUCAGAUUUGCGGGAUUCGCGAUUGAUACGAUUCCGCGAAUAUGUCCGCAUUUUGAAAAACGCGAAAUACAGUAUCCGUGAACAUUUCUAGGUUUACAGUACUUCCUGUAUAGACUGUUUCCUGGAUCAAACAAACAAACUCUGGGUUCUGUUGUAUUCUAAGAUUGUUGUCGUCAUGUAAUUUUGUAAAUUUGCUUGCUUGAAGUUAGAUAGAAGUACAGUCUAUAAAGAUCACCCUUGGGAGAAACAAAUAUUAGGCUUAAACACAGGCUUGACUGUAUUGUGAAGAAUUAGAGUAAAAUUGUUCUAAAACUUAACACACAAAGUCUUGUUCACUGUAGGCAGCAAACAAGUUCCAUAACUUUACUUUAAGAUAAUGCCAAUUUUUCAACUUAUUACAAGGCUGUUGAAUAAAUUGUUGCUGUCUUCUGACAGUUCUUGUUUGUUCAUCUGUCCAUGCAUCUAAAAUUGGAAAUGCUUAUAAUUAAAAAAAUAUUAUAGCUGGAAUCUCCAAACCUCAAAUGGUUAUUAAUUGACACAUGACCUUUGCUUACAUUUAGUUUUAUCCCCUUUAACCUGGUAAAAGCAGAGUUUUUCCCCUUCGAUUUGGUAUAAAAGAGGGAUUUUUGACUGUUUCUAAGUAACCUACAGAUGGAUCUUCAUGUAACAUUACACUAAUGUAGAUCACUUUAGGGCAAUGAUGCAGGCACAACUUUCGUUGGAAUCACCAGUAACCAGAGUUAUUGCCCUUUAAUUGUUUUCCUACAUAGAGUAAUUUAUUGACGGAUUUCUUAUGAAACUUAAGACAAAUAUAGAUCACUAUAGAGUGGUGGUGUAUGCUCAUCUUUCAUCAGGAUUUCUUCAGUAACUGCAAAGUUAUUGCCCAUUUAUUAUAUCUUUCAAAAUACACAUGUACUGUCCCCUCAUUCACAAAACAACCUUUUCAGCGGGGAACGUUAAAUUUUCGAUGGCUUGUUUUAAUUUAUUCCAAAUGAUUAUAAUGUUUAUGAAAAGCAGUAGGUUAUUAGGGAAAGAAUUGUUUUAUCUGAACUAGAAUAUCACUCUAUUUUCUAAUCCAGGUCAAUCUUUGACAUCCCAGUAAGGACAUUUAAAAUUUAUUCUGAUAUGUUUGUUUCUGUUUAAACACGCUUUCGUUAAAAUUUCAUGUUAACAGGCUAUGACGUCAAUGUUUUUGCUGCGACCAAGAAAAAGCGCUACUGUAUUUUAUUUCUGUUUUCGAUAAAGGGCAUAUUAGAAUUAAAAUAAUGUAUAGUAAAAUCAGUUUUUACUUAAAAUAAAACACUCAAAAUUGGUUAUGCGUUGCCAGAAUAAUUCAUUUGGGCUAUGCCCUCCUAAAAUUAUUCUAUGGACAUAUUAAUACACAACAUUAAAACAAGAUUUUUCUAUACAUUAUUUCUUAAUUGAUUAAUCUAUUGUGACCAUUUGCAUGAUAUAAAUAUUGUAAAAUCAUGUUGACAAAUUAUUUUGCCAUGCAUUAUUUAUUAUUGUUACUUUGUUAAUAAAGGCUAUUGAAAAUCA